CAAAAAGUGGGGAGGAAGACUAAAGCGGCACUCCACCUUUCGUCCUUUCCCAACCAUCGCACAGUACACUUUUCACUCUCUCUCCUUCAUUAUCAAAGCUCGCUCGCCAUGUCCGGCCGGGAGGUCGACGGAGAUGAGCUCAGCCGCCACUGUGACUUCUCCUUCCACGACGAUCUCUCGCCGACACAUCGCGAGCGGCAUGAUUUCAUGAGAGAAUUCUUGGACGAGUCGACGUUGACCAUGGAUUACUUACUGCCGGCCCGUGAUCAUGGAGCGGCCAGGGCGAGUACUCCGGUGACGCCCAACUUCUCGAUGUCAUCCACAUCGGCCGAGCUCGGAGGGGAGGAGGACUCCUGGCCGUGCAGCAAGAAGAAGGAAAAGAUGGAGGAGGAGGAGGAGGAGGAGGAGAAGCAUGGCGAAGGGAGUGAGCUGUUCAAGAAAGUUUCACGCAGGAUUAACAGGCAGGCAAAGCAGAAAUUAGGAGAGAAAAGGCAGAGGGAACCCAGGUUUGCUUUCAUGACCAAGAGCAAGGUCGACAACCUUGAAGAUGGCUACAGGUGGAGAAAGUAUGGCCAGAAGGCAGUCAAGAACAGUGGUUAUCCGAGAAGCUACUACCGCUGCACGGCUCAGAAGUGCAAUGUGAAGAAGAUGGUCGAAAGGUGCCACCGAGAUCCAACCACCGUGAUCACAACUUAUGAAGGGAAGCACAAUCACCACAGUCCAGCAGUGAACCCAAUUAGGAGCUCUCCGGCGGUGGCAUUGGCGCCGGCGAACUUUGGGCAUUUUGAUCACCGAGUAAUGUGCUCGUCAGGAAAUUCUGGCAUUAACGAUAUGCAUCAGCUUUACACUGCAUGUGGAGGAUUCUUGUCAAACCCUAGCACGUAUUUGCCAAGUUUAACACCUCCUUAUCUUCCCCAGCUUCAAGUGCCGGCCGAUCAUGGUCUACUGCAAGACAUUUUGCCCAGGAUGAGCCACAGCGACAUAAAACGAUUGUAAUUAACUAAGCCAGCUUUACUUUCUCUAUGCAUACCUGGGAAUAAUAUAUCAUCAUGCUCUUAUAGUUUUGUAUGACGAUCGAGCUUUAAGUUAUUGAACUCUGAUCAAAUUUCUGCAUGCUAGAAAUGUUCAAUUUUUAUUGUUGUUCUUUUCU